GGGGGUUCAGUGUGUCUGUUGUUUGGCACUAGUCGGCUUACACAUGGUUGGGCAGCCCAGCUCUGACAGGCUCAGGAGGAGCUUGGAGAGAGAUAGAGAGAGAGAGAGAGAGAUAGAUAGAUAGAGAGAGAGAGAGAGAGAGAGAGAGAGAGAGAGUGAGAGAGAGAGAGAAGAUCAACGAGCAGAAGAGAAAGUGGUUGUGUAUGUGUCAAAGGGAGAGAGAGAGAGGAGAGAAAGAGAGGUAGAGAUAGAGGGAAACAAGAGAGAGAUAGAAAGAGAGAGAGAGAGAAUCAGUGAGUGUGGGGGGCAGUCUGCCAGAGAGUGGUAACCCUUAGCUCAACCCUCAGCCUACAGUACCUGCGCAUCUACACACACAUUCAUACACACGCGUGCGCACACACACUCAUCCAUGAUGGACUGUAGUCAGAACAGAGCAAAGUGACUUCCCUCCAGCUUGUGCUCAACUAACCAAAGAUCUGCUAGCAGCCACACACUACUGAGUCAGAAUGGAGGAGGCUGACCUACUGCGGGAGAGACUGCAGGCCAUCACGGAAAAGAGAAGAAUACAAGAGGACAUUGCAAAGAAAAGGAGAGAAAUUGAAGAAGUCAAAUUAAAACUUCAGUAUCUGAAGAAAAAGGCUCUGCGGGAACAAUGGCUCAUGGAUGGUUUAAGUGGCCAGAAUGAUGAGGAAGAACAAGCCAUGAGAGUACAAGCUCAGGAGGAACAACAACAGGCUGAGCUCCUACAGAGCGAUAUUGACAGAAUAGAGAGUGAGAUCAGCGCUCUUGAGACACAGGAGAUGAAUAUUUCAGAGAAUGAAGAGCUCAUUCUGAAGCGGCUAAAGGAAGUGGAGAAGACUGCAGAGGACAUUAUAAAGGGAGCUGUAAGGCAUCCAGAGGUGGAUGGCAUAGAAGUGAACGAAGGUUGCUUUCCCUCUCAGAAUCAGACAGAAACAGAGCUGAAGUCCCUCUCCAAGACAGUAACCAUGGAGACGAGUGAGCAAUCCAGCACAGCAAACAUAAUUGACUGUGAAAUGGAAGUCCAGGAGGCUGAGUUACCUGAGAACAAGGACACAUGCGCUGAAGACGAACAAGCUUACUAUGAUGAUGACCUAUUAGAAUCUCUGAGUGCAAAAGUAGUGGUUGACAUCUUAGCAGAGUUGCCUCCAACAGAGACACAUGUUGAUGAAUUUGAAGACGUGGCCUGUCCAAAAGAAGCAUUAGUCUUGGAGGACAAUCACGACGAGCUUAAUCGCAAUGAAUCCAUUACUUCCUCGGAUACACCAUCAAGUGCUGAGAGUGUGUAUGAAAAUGAGACUAUGCGGAAAAGACAGGAUUCAGUCAAAGAACAGCUGCUGAAAAACACUGUGUCUAUAAUACAGAGCAGUGAAGAUGGAGGCAUACUAGACCCAUUGAAGUCAGAAUCCCAUGAGGCCAUCUUAGAAGGCUUAGGCUUAGGCUAUGAUGCAGAUGAAUCCAUGUUGGAAUCGUACAUUCGGGAGGAAGUUAUGUCAGACGUCUCAACAGACUCCGUUCAUGACCCUGAGGACUUGGAGGAGUGUGUCCGUGUAGAAAUUGCAGCUGCAUCAUCUGAUUCUGAAACGGAUGAGAAGUGGAGGACUAUAUUUUCUUCCUCCAUCAAUAAGGAAGAUGAUGACUCCUACCUGGACAGCCUUGAGCUGAGUGCACAAGAACUCUUUAUUCAAAAGCCUGAAGUGAAGAACACUGAAAACCACUCCGAAGCAAAAGAAGAAGAGGUAGAGCAGGACAGCAUCCCUGUGGAGGAUGUGCUAGAGCAACCAGAGAGCGAUUCAACUUAUGUGCAGUCAACAAAGGAGAUCUCGUACAAUCCUUCAUCACUGUUCCAUGGCUUGUCCAAGAUAUCGGAGGAUGAGGAAGAACUGGGUAAGAAUUCCAUAAACCACAAGGAUACUUCAUCUAGUUGCAUCAGGUCAGACCCAAACAAGAAGGUGCCAAAAGAUUACUGUGUGAUUCAAGAGAUGAAGAGCGAAAAUGUCAGUACAGAGCAUGUGGAUUUCAGAGUUGCUCGCAAACAGUGGCUGCAGAUGGAGGAGCAAACAAAGAAUCUGGUACACCAACCAGUCACCAAAACCGGCACCUGCCAGGGCAGUCACAGCUUUAUGUACACGCCAGUGCGCAACAUUGACAGGCCCAAGAGGGAUCAUGAUCUUGAGAGUUUGGCACUUGGAAGAGACUUCUCACACAACAAUCAGUUCAGCCCCUGCUCAGAGGAUUCUGGCCUGGAUGAUUCCAGUUACAGAUCACCUUAUGAUGACCCAGAGACCCCAAUUGAGAAGGAGAUCCGUUUUGCUGCUGAGCGAGAAGAAAACCCAAGGCGUGAAAAGGGAAUGUCCAAAUCAUACUCAAGUGACUGUGUGCAGGGAAAAGGAAGACCAGUCAUCUUGAACCCUGGAAAUUUAUGUCGGGAAGUGGAUGAGAAGAGAAAGAUGCUUGAGCAUCAGGAUGACAACUGCAGAUUAUCUUCCAGCAGCAAGAUGCCGUCUUUCAUCAUUACCUCAUCACCAACAAGAGGAUCACAGAAGCAUGAAACAGCAGCCAACAAUGUUAUUAUCCUUGAGCCUGAACCUUGCCAUCAAAGUCCACGCCAUGCUGGAAAGUUGGUGACAUCUAAAUCUGCUGACUGGAGAUCUGAGGAUCCCCCCAGUGUAAUCAUACUGGAAACAUCAAACCUAAUCAUUCGAAGUGCGUCCGAGUUUAACCUGAACUCUUCAGUGGAGACCCAAGAGAAAACUUUCCUCAACAAUCCAUUUUUCAAGCUGCGAUCCAGAAGCACCCUCUCUUUGGUUGAUGAAGAGAUUAAGAUGGUAAAACAACGAGAAGAAGAACUGAAAAGACAAAGAGCCACUAUUUACUCUAAGGAGAAGUUCCUGGGCUCCCCCAGUCUUCUGGACAGCUCAUAUGACAAACAAGACGAUAUCCCAAUAAAGUGUAAAUCAUCUCCCUCAUCCCCCAUGAAGACUUACAAGAUGGACCGUUCAACCCUAUCAUGUGAUCACAGAUUUCCCGAGUCCUAUUCUGGAGGCCGCCGUAAAAGUGCCAUGGCUCUGCGGUGGGAGGCAGGGGAGUUCGCAAAUAAUGACUAGAGGGCAACAUACCUAAUAUCAAUCUACAACUUUCUUUGUUUCAUGUAAAAGACUUUAGUAGUGUUACAGACUCAUGUUGAUUUCAUGUGACGCCUGCCAUGUAAGCACAUGCUGUUGCUGCUUGUGUGGUUUUUUCGGCUCUUCAUUCAUGUUCUGCAAAAAAUCUGAGUGUUUGCCAAGACGCCUGAAUGUUACCUGAAUGUUAGUUGUUCAGUCUAUGCUUGUUUCUUAACAGAAAUGCUGAGAAGAAGUUAAGCAUAUUUAUUGUAAUGUCUUACAAAAGACAGGAAAAUAUUUAAUGUAUUUUCAUAUUGUAUUUUCUCGUAAGGCAAGUUUGUAUUUCCCUGCUUCUACACUAAAAUAUGUGAAACAGAAUAGCAUAAAGUGAGACACAGUGACAAUUAUUAUUUUUCCCAAAAUCAUUGCACUGAAAAUUAACCUGUGUUGGCUUUCACUUUUCUUUUGAACAAAUAGACAGUAUUUGACAUUAGAGGCAUUUCAAAUAUGGAUAUUGUCCUUUUCUGACACAACCUUUUAAUAUUCCCAUUUAUUACAUCCCAAAAGGAAUACGUAACUUUACUAUUUAAGUGAUAUUAAUUGCAUUACUGUGUUAAUGGAGAAACACUAUAAUUACAAUGCUUUGUAAUUUGUCUAAAAAGAUGUUCGUAUGCAUAUGUGAAUUCAUUUCGGUUAUUAGGACCAUCAGUAUUGCUUGCUUAUUCCAUGUAAGCCAUUACCAAGUAAACUUUCACAUUGCUUUUUAAUUGAGAAGAGAAAAAUAAAUCAUAAAUUUAAAAAA